AUGGUUCUAGGCAUGUGGCUGCAUUUAUUCAAUUUCAUUAAUUACUUCGGAGUCGUGACGAACGCUUUCUUGAUCGCCUUCACGUCGAAGUUCGGUUCCUUGUACCUCCGAUCGAGGAUAUCAAAAUUCAUGUUCAUCGUUGCUUUCGAACAUCUGGUGUUCGUCGUGAAAUAUUUGUUGACCUUGCUGAUCCCCGACGUUCCCGAAGCUGUCAAAGGAGCCAAGGCCAGGGAACGCCAGCUACUGACCUACAUGAUGAGUAGAGUAGCCAGCCUCACUGCCGAGAGAAGACCGCCUACGAACGCAUCCCAAAACAGUCGGGAGCGGAUUAGCGGAGCAUCGCGGAAUUCGGUUACGCAGAUGGACAUUCAGGCAGUUCAAGCUGCUGCCCACAAAAGAGCGCUCGGCGCAGCCAACAACAACAACAACAACUGUUCCCAGAAGAACAUUCAAAAUCCAUCGAGCAAAGAUCUCCGUAAACUCACUCCCAUACCAAACAAUUGACUUUCCGAGACGGAGGCCGUCAUCGAAAAACGCCAGUCGAACGAAGCUAGAGGAUCGGACCCGACUCCCCGAUCCUUCCGAGGUCCCUGGAGAGUGAGUCAAUUCGAUUGUUAUCCGUGCCCCGCGAGCGCAUCCCU